GGAGAGCUCGAGCAUCAAAGCUCUGCAUCGCGUGCGCCUCGGAGACACACACUCACACCAGCUGCUACGACAUCACCGCCACAGUCUUUCAGUCUCGAGAGGAGAGGAUAGAGGAGAGCGGCGGAAAAUAGCUAUUUUAUGUAUUUUUUUCUGUUCUACGCGCACGCUUAUCACUCACUUUACUCUUGCUCUUCCUUCCCCGAGCAAUUAUAACAUUCAACGUCUCCCGGGGGAAGACUGCAUAUUCACUUUCAGCAGUAAAAAGGAGCUCGCUUUUCUCUUCAUCUGCGGGGUGUCAUUCAGCAGCGGUCCUAGAGGAGUGGCUUUGUGGGAUAUGGCCCAAUAGCAGCAGCCCGUGAUGCCGGACCAUGACAGCGACUCCCUCCUGAGCAGACAGACCAAGAGAAGACGUGUGGACAUCGGUGUGAAGAGGACAGUGGGCAGCACCGCCGCCAACACAGCAGCAGCUACAACCAGCGCCGACAUUGCCUGCGCCAAAGCAGCCAUCUUCAGUGCCAUGAACUCUCUCAACUCCCACCACCACAGCUCCGACGCAGACUCCACAGACUGCUCCAUGGUGCAGCCACACGGCCCCACUGGGGUCGUCACAGCAACCGACAGCGACUCCAAGUCCAACGUGCUCCGGAAGCUCCUGAAGAGAGCCAACUCGUACGAAGAUGCCAUGAUGCCCUUCCCUGGUGCCACCAUCAUCUCCCAGCUCCUCAAGAGCAACAUGGCCAAGAAUGGAGGAGGAGAGAGAGGAGAGAGAGGAGAGAGAGGGGAGAGGGGGGAGAGAGGAGAGAGAAGAGACGGGGGGUUCCCCGGGUCGGGCCUCUCAAGUGGGGGUUCCGAAGCCCCCCAGGAGGACGCCUGCAGUAACUCGUCUCAGGACAGCCCCCAAGAGUGCCUCUCCCCCUUCGGCCGCCCCUCGGCUCUGGGUGCCUUCGACCUAGAGCGCCUCAACGAUGAGCACCUGCGGGCCAAGCGCGCCCGCGUGGAGAACAUCAUUCGAGGCAUGAGCCACUCGCCCAGCGUGGUGGUGCCCGCACGCCAUCACGGAGAGCGGGACCGUGAACGGGAACAACGUGAACGGGAGAGGGAGCGAGAGAUGGACGGGAACAGGGAGAUGGAGAUGGACUGCCCCCCACAGCCGCCUAGCCCCAGGGGAGAGGUGUGCAGCCGGGAGAACAAGAGGAAGCAGCGCCUGCCCCAGCAGCAGCAGCAGAGCUUCACCCAGCUGGUGUGCCAGCGUAAAGAGCAAAAGCAGGAGGAGCGCAGGCAGCUGAAGCUGCAGCUGGAGGACAUGCAGAAGCAGCUGCGCCAGCUGCAGGAGAAGUUCUUCCAGAUCUAUGAUUCCACCGACGAUUCUGAGCACGACCUGGCUCACGACCUGGGCAACAUGUCUGAGGACAGCGCCGGGAGGUCCGAUGCUGGGGGAGAUGACCGGGCAGACCGCUCCGACAACGAGAUGUCAGACCUGGACCCAGGACACUUCCUGGACCGGGCCAGGGCAUUGCUCCAGGAGCAGGCCCUGCUGGCGGAGGGUAACAAGCCCAGGAGAGAGGGGCUGGUCCGGGGGAAAGGUCCUGGUCAGGGUCCUUCCUCCUCCAUGCACCAUGCGGAGGGCAAGCAGCUGGCUGAGACGCUGAAACAGGAGCUCAACUCAGCCAUGAACCAGGUGGUGGACACGGUGGUCAAGGUGUUCGCCAAGCCCCCACGCCCCGCACCCCCCCAGGUCUUCUCGCCCCUCCCCAUGCCCCCAGAGAGGUUCGGGGUCAACGGUGAGGGCCCCAACUUCCACACAGCCAACCAGCGCCUGCAGUGCUUUGGUGACGUCAUCAUUCCCAACCCCCUGGACUCGUUCGGUGGCAUGCCCAUGCCUGGCGCCAACGACCAGACAGAGGCGCUGCCCCUAGUGGUGAGGAAGACUCAGACAGAACACCAUCACCAGUCCUCAGCUGUGGGCGCCCACGGGGGCCACCACCACCCUUCCCUGCACCCCUCCUCCCUCUCUGCCUCCAUGGGAUUCAGCCCCCCGUCUUUCCGCCACCCCUUCCCCCUGCCUCUCAUGGGCUACCCCUUCCCGAGCCCCCUGGGCCCACCCUCCGGGGGUUACCCAGGGAAGGACCACUCCUCCCCAGACUCCAUGGACCUGUCCAGGGAGACCACCAGCCUGCGGACCAAGAUGUCUUCAGUGCAUCACAUGGGGCACCACCACAGGUCGCUCUCUCCUAGCCACCCCGGGAGCACCGCAGAGGGGCUCUCCCUGUCCCUCAUCAAGUCAGAGUGUGGAGACAUGAGCGACAUGAACGACAUCUCACCAUACUCAGGCAGCACCAUUCAGGAGGGUCUCUCCCCCAACCACCUGAAGAAGGCCAAACUCAUGUUCUUCUACGCCCGCUACCCCAGCUCCAACAUGCUCAAGAUGUUCUUCUCCGACGUCAAGUUUAACCGCUGCAUCACGUCCCAGCUCAUCAAGUGGUUCAGUAACUUCCGGGAGUUCUACUACAUCCAGAUGGAGAAGUUUGCCCGGCAGGCCAUCAACGACGGUGUCACCGGGGUGGAGGAGAUGAGCGUCAGCCGUGACUGCGAGCUCUACCGAGCCCUCAACAUGCACUACAACAAGGCCAACGACUUUGAGGUUCCAGAGCGGUUCCUGGAGGUGGCUCAGAUCACGCUGCGUGAGUUCUUCAAUGCCAUCGUGGCAGGCAAAGACGUGGACCCAUCCUGGAAAAAAGCCAUUUACAAGGUGAUCUGCAAGCUGGACAGCGAUGUGCCCGAGGUCUUCAAGUCACCCAACUGUCUCCAGGAGCUUCUACAUGAGUAACCAUCCCUGCUCCGCCUCCGCCCCCCCGCCCGACGCUUUCUGCUUUUUCAGAUUUUCAUAUUUUUAUUUCUUUCCCUAUUCUAUGAUUUUCCUGUUUUUUUGUUCAUGUAUGAAGUAUGAAGUAGCAUUCCGCCCCAUCUGAAGCCUCCUGGCCUGUUCCUAAAUGAUCUAACUAUUGUGUUGUUGUUAUUCCCAUGAUUAGGAUUAUUAUUUGUUUUUUAAAUGAUUCUGCUGAUCUGAAGAGACGUUGAUCCUAUUGGGUGUUUUGGACUGUGUGAACCCUGACCUUUCUGCCCUGAUUGACUAGAAACACUAGGGAGGGAUCCCCACUAUGCGCAGGGAGGGGCUUCCCACUAGCCUGUACCCUACCUACUCUAAGGAGGACCCUACAAUCCUAGUGUGGUCACCAAUAGACUUUGGCCACUACACUACAGAGGGGCCCUAUGUUACUGGGGUGCUCAAUAGGCUCACCCCACUGUGCAAGGUUGCUCCCUAAUAGGUGGUUCCCACUACUAUGGCUGUCCCAGGGAGGACAACACACUACACCAUGCUGCCUGCAGCCUAAUGACUUUAUUAACUGCUGGACAAUACUGGACUACUAGUACUGGUCUGGACUGGUAUACUGGUCUGGACUACUAGUACUGGUCUGGACUACUAGUACUGGUCUGGACUACUAGUACUGGUCUGGACUGGUAUACUGGUCUGGACUGACUAUACUGGUCUGGACUGGUAUACUGGUCUGGACUACUAGUACUGGUCUGGACUGGUAUACUGGUCUGGACUGGUAUACUGGUCUGGACUACUAGUACUGGUCUGGACUGGUAUACUGGUCUGGACUACUAGUACUGGUCUGCACUGGUAUUCUGGUCUGGACUACUAGUACGGGUCUUGACUGGUAUACUGGUCUGGACUACGAGUACUGGUCUGGACUGGUAUACUGGUCUGGACUACUAGUACUGGUCUGGACUGGUAUACUGGUCUGGACUACUAGUACUGGUCUGGACUGGUAUACUGGUCUGGACUGGUAUACUGGUCUGGACUACUAGUACUGGUCUGGACUGGUAUACUGGUCUGGACUACUAGUACUGGUCUGGACUGGUAUUCUGGUCUGGACUACUAGUACUGGUCUUGACUGGUAUACUGGUCUGGACUACGAGUACUGGUCUGGACUGGUAUUCUGGUCUGGACUACGAGUACUGGUCUGGACUGGUAUCAGCCACCUAAUGAGCUCUACCAUGAUGUUUUGAAGUGUGUUUUCUGCGAGUAGGGUAUUGUGUUUAUUGGGUGUAUAUUAUUCUUAUUCUUGUUGUUGUUAUUAUUAUUAUUUGUCAUCAUUGCUUGCUAAAGAUUGGCACAGAUUUGUUUGUCUCUUGACAACGUUACAGAAAAUAAAUUAUUAUUAAUAUUCCGAAAGAGUAUAAAUUCUCUACAUAUAAUUACUUUUCUCUGAGCAAUUUAGGCACAAGCCUCUUUCUCAUUUCAUAUCCCCCCCCCCCUCUGUCUGUUUGUGUGGGUCCAAGUUGUGUUUGAUCUUCUCUGCUGAUAAGGCAGACACUGGCGGAGGGAGUAGGCCUCAGUCCUGAGGCUCAAGUAAAAACAGAAGGGGAACAUGAGUCUCAACCCUAGGCUUUACACAAAUAGAAAACAAUGCUGUAAAAUUGAAGAGGUGUUGGUUUGGAAGAGCACAUGGUGCAACCAGUGGCAGUGUACAAAUGCAGAGGUCUGUGGGCAGCGACACACACACACACACACACACACACACACACACACACACACACACACACACACACACACACACACACACACACACACACACACACACACACACACACACACACACACACACACACACACACACA